CUCCCUUCCCAAUUGAGUGACUCAACCCUCUAAGUUCGACCCUUUGACCCGACCCUCUCGACGUGACUCCCUCCUCUCAUGCACUCUACCCUCCUUGUGCCCCUGUCUUUUAUUCUGGAUGAAUCGCCUCUUUAGACUCACCAGAAUUUCCAUUUCUCUCUCCACUCAGAUACCCAAAUUUCGAUUCUCUAGGGCUUGUUCCUCCAUCGCGACCAUGGAGUCUUUGAAGGUGCACAACUCCUUGAAGCCCGGUCAACCGGUACCAUUUACACCUAUCAACCCGGGCAAGGUGUCUUGGUAUGCUUGCGGUCCUACUGUCUACGACAAGAGUCAUUUGGGCCACGCCCGCAACUAUGUGUCGACCGACAUCAUCCGGCGCAUCAUCAUGCACUACUUCGGCGCCGAUGUGAAGUUUGUUAUGAACAUCACUGAUGUCGACGACAAGAUUAUUAUCAAGGCCCGAAGACAACGUCUCCUCGAACUUGAGAAGCAGAAGAAGUACUCGGACGAAGAGCUGGCGAAGCUUACCCUGACAGCUUUCCGCGCAUACGCCGAGAAGAGCUUGUCUCUGAUCCAAUCAUCCGACCUCGACGAGAACAACUACCUCGAGCGAAGAGACAGCGCAUACGGAAAGGUUCUUGCAGGCGGCACCCUGACUGGGGAAGGCAAGCCUGGCGACGACGAGGCCAAGACGAAGAUGCACAUUGCGAACAUGGACGCUGCUGCAUUUGCGAUCAAGGACAAGAAGUUCUUCCCUGGAACCGAUGAGAUUCUUCUGCCGUACCUCGACUCCCUCUACAAGGAGACCAUCGAUACAAGCGAUCAGACCAUCUUUACCGAUCUGACCCAGAGCAUGGAGAAGGAAUUCUUCGAUGAUAUGGACGCUCUCAACUGCCUGCGACCCGACGUCAUUACGCGCGUUACGGAAUACGUUCCCCAGAUUGCAAGCUUUGUCGAGCGCAUUGUGGACAAGGGAUUCGCAUACGAGUCUGACGGAUCCGUAUACUUCGAUAUCACAGCUUUCGAGAAGGCCGGAAACACAUACGCUCGUCUGCGACCCGGCAACCGCAACGACAAAUCACUGCAGGAGGAUGGAGAGGGGGCUCUGUCGAAGAACCUGGGCGAAAAGCGCAAUGAAGGCGAUUUUGCGCUGUGGAAAAAGUCCAAGAAGGGAGAGCCGUACUGGGAGAGCAGAUGGGGUCAGGGUCGCCCGGGAUGGCACAUUGAGUGCUCCGUCAUGGCCUCUGACAUUCUCGGAGCCCAGAUGGAUAUUCACUCCGGCGGUAUCGAUUUGGCUUUCCCUCACCACGAUAACGAGUUGGCCCAGAGCGAGGCCUUUUACGUGGACAACACAAAGGGCGAGCACACGUGGGUCAACAACUUUAUGCAUAUGGGUCACCUGUCAAUCUCCGGUUCAAAGAUGUCCAAGUCCUUGAAGAACUUCCAGACUAUCCAAGAUGCCCUUGCCACGACUUAUACAUCGAGAGGAAUGCGCAUUGUGUUCCUGAUGGGCAAAUGGAACGAUGGCGUCGAGAUCUCCCCCGACAUGCGCGCCCAGGCGUCCAGUUGGGAGGCAACUAUCAACAACUAUUUCACCAACGUCAAGGCAUAUGUGGCGGACGCCAGCGCUUCAACUGAUGGUGUUGAAUCUCUGUCACUGUCAGAGAAGCCCACUGGAGGACUUGUCAGCAGUCUGGAGAAAGCCAAGACUGACCUGCAAAUCGCCCUCACCAACUCUUUCGAUACCCCUCAAGCGAUGCGUGUUAUUCAGGAACUUGUCAGCGAGGCCAACAAGGUCGUUGUUUCCCAAGACGCAGAGGCUAACGUACCCGCGCUUGUUGCCGUCGCCCGCUGGAUCACAAAGAUCCUUGGAACAUUCGGUCUCGACGAGAAUGCCACGGCGCCCUAUGACGGCCUUGGCUGGGCUGCACCUGCGUCUAACGCGAAGCUUGACCCCAACACUGUCGUGCAACCCUACGCGACGGUGUUCGAGACCGUGAAGUCGGACGUCGAGGCACUGAAGACUUCGGCCGAUUCCGUUUCCGCCCUGUUGUCGCAACAAAACCCGGAAGCAGAGUUCUCUGCUUUGGCUGAGAAGGGUAUGCGCGACCCUGAACAAUUGGCACUGCCGUACCUGCGGGCGACCUCAAGACUGCGCGACGAGCUUCGUCGUAUCGUGUCAUCAGUGUCUCCCGAGACGAAGAAGGCCAUCCUAUCUCUUACAGAUCGGAUUCGUGACGAAGACCUGACAAAUCUCGGAGUUUACUUGGAUGACAGGCCGGAUGGCAAGUCAUCAUUGAUCAAGUUUGUACCUGCCAGCGAGUUGAUCGCGGCGAAGAACGAGAAGUUGGCCAGGGAAGCGGACAAGGCCCGGGCCAAGGAAGAGGCGAAACGAGCGCGUGAGCAAGCGGAGAAGGAGAAGUGGGAGAAGGCUAAGCUUCCCCACACGGAGCUGUUUAAGGGAGAUGAGAAGUACUCGGAGUGGGACGCGGAGGGACUGCCAACUAAGCUUAAGGACGGCAGUGACGUGCCCAAGAGCCAGCUCAAGAAGCUGCAGAAACAGUGGCAGAGCCAGAAGAAGGCGCACGAGGAGUACCUUGUCAAGUUUGGUGGUAAAUCAUAGACAGGUCAGAUUUGAUGGCAUCGACUGGCAUUAAAAGCGAG